GUGUUUUCUUUCCAAUGAUACCAAUUAUAUGCAUAUCUUGGCUUCAGGGCCUUAGCAACGGGCAGUUUACUUUGGGCACGUCAUUCAGACAGGAAGUGAGUAAAAAUCCCUCAGAAGUUUAAUUUUAAGAACAUGAUGUUGUUUUGUCCGUUUUAACCCGUAUUGAAGUAGUUACAAGGCCACUGUUUCUCAAUGUGUGUGGCACACUAGGCUUACAGUUAUGCCUCAUCAAGCACUGUGUUCUGUAAUGUCUAGAAGGUAUAUACUUGCAACAAAAUAACCAACCACAUUGGGGCACUAACGGCUCCAUCUGUCUUUCCUCAAUUGAAUGUAUAAGAAUUAAAUGUAUAGGAAUUACAUGUAUAGGAAUGACAACAUAUCCUCUUGACAGACAACAUUUUGACAGAAUGUAACCUCCUCAAGGAGAAAGCUGUAUUUGGUAGCCAAAUGCAGAUGGAAAGCUGAAGGCCCAUGUUGACCAGUCCAGAUGGCAUAGGGAGAUACCAGCCAUGCAAAUGGCAAAGAUCCCUUUUUCAAAGUAGCUACUCAUCGCCUCCGUCGUGCUGCUUUCAAGCAUUUCCCCAUUUACUUAAGUCAGACGCAGCCUGUUCACUGUGAGCAUUCAGCCUACCCCGAUGGUCUCCUGGUAGACAUGGAUUACAAACUGCAUCCCACCUUUUGAUCACUAGUUUCACAGGUCAAACCCAGGUUAAAGAGCAGAUUGCUUGAGGCAAGAAACUGCACAUGGAGCUCACAGAAAACAAGAACAAAAUGGAAUUCAAACAAACGAUGUGGGCCAGAGCAGUAAUACUUUACUGCGGCGUGGUAUUCCUCUACCACCAGGCCUUCGCAGUGGAUACCUACAUGGCUGAGUUCAUGGUAGAGAGCAAUGUUACAUUUGACAUCUCUGGUACUCUAUCAUCGAUCAAGGAAAUAACUACAGAUAAGGGAAGUAUGACCAUUGAACUGCUUGAACUAACAGCGGAAUGUGAAAUUGUUGGGGGUAAUUCUAAAUGUAACUGUUCGACAACGUACAUCUGGAGCAACGCAGUGUGUGACGAGUUCCAGUGCUGCAAUGGCUCGUCUUGUAAUGCAAAUAUUUCUGACUUGCCAGCCUUCUGUAUUCCCAAAGUGAAAGUUUUCUUUAAUGGAACAGUCACAGUGGAAAAAGUAUUUAGUGAAACUAAUACUAUCAAACAACAGCUCACAGAGGGUUUUCAACAAUUAAAUGGGUUUGAGGGCCUUAAUGUAUCUGGACCUAGGGGUGAUGGUCACAUUGUUGAUUUCAAAGUGGAUGUCAGUGUCAUAUUUCUGACUAAAAAAAUUACAAAAAUAACAGCUGACCUGGAAAUGACUGUAGGCUCCUCUGCCAAAAUAUCUGUUGAAACAUCAGGAUUUGUAAGCAUUAAGUAUCCAAUGAACAAAGUGCCAUACCGCUCAACACCGACGCUGAGUUGCACAUUUAAAGAAACAACAUUUGAUGAAACAGAUGGCUCUUGGAACUGGAACUUGAUAAAGGGAAGUGAGACAUUUGGUCUGAACACUGGAACCAGCAUAACCGUGACAUUCCCAGAGGCAUCACCUAACUGUACCACAGUCCAAAUUAAAAAGUUGUCAGGGAACUGGGCAGGAAUGUAUAAGUGUGGAUUUUCCAAAGGAUCCAUUGUGCACGCAGCCUCUGCAGAGUUGAAGGUAGCCCUGCUACCAGAUCAGAUCACCAUGACGAGUACCCCACUGACUGUAGAAUGCCAUGAUAUAAACCCUCAAAGUGUGAUGGUCAGCGCAACCAUCGAGAACAGCACGGAGAUGUACAAUGUUACUUGGUCAUACCAAGCUCAAAUGGAACCCCCAAAUCCAUCCUCAGUCUCGCCAGCGGGGACCAGCUACAGCAUAACUCCAAAGAUAAAUUGCGAGCAAACAGAAUUACCACAUGUUUUCACAGUCAAAUUUACAAACCAGGAGAACGAGACUGAAAGUGCAAGUAUAACAAUACCAGUGAUUUAUGCUGUGGAAAAGGAGAUGGCUUGUUUAGUAGACUAUCUUUGGCCAAAAACCCCAAAAGGUGACACUAUUGUCAUCCGACAAUGUGAGCCGAGGAGAGUGGGGUAUAACGAGAGGACAUGCAAGGGGCCUGCAUGGAUGGAUGUGCUGGAUAACUGUGUCAAUGAGGAACUUAAUCAAAUUCUCAUUUCAGCAGCAAACUUUAGAGAGGGACUUGGGGCCACACAAGACAUUGCUCGUGAAAUAUUUUCUGGGUUGAAGAACAACACAGUUGCUGACACGAACAGCUCAGUUGCUGAUUUGAAUGCAUCCAUCAGUAUUCUGGAUGUCAUGUCUGAAGCAUCAGAAACUAUCACCCUGGAUGAGUCCGUUUUAGAUGUUUUUCUUGAUGCAGCAAGCAACAUGUUGAAUAACCCUUGGAAGGCAGUCAACAAAACCAUUGAAUAUGGAAUGUCUUCAAAAUACCUCAAGUCUGUCGAGGGUCUAGUGAAGAACAUCAAAAUGAAUACCAGUAACGGAAAUGACACCCCAAAUCUACAAUUCAAACUCUGCCGAGCUCAAAAUAACUCAUCUUGCAAUCGAACUGUGUUUGGCGUUGAGGUCAAAUUGGCCCAGUCCUCAGGAAUAGUAAAAACUGUGGGAGUAAAAAACCUGGCUGACAAAUUAAACAAUUCAAAAUUCCCAGACAGUGAGUUCCCUAGCAUUGUGGUGUCAGCCACACUGCAAAACAGUAACGACUCCAAAAUAGACAUCAAAUUGGACUUUCCCAUCAACCAGUCAAUGUCUCGAGACUCUAAAAUCCUCUGUGUGUUCUGGAACACCACAUUAAAGGAAUGGUCUGAAGAAGGCUGCAAGUGGAAGGAAAUGGUCAACAACAAAAGCUACUGCGAGUGCACCCACCUGACCUCCUUCUCAGUGCUCAUGUCCAAGACCCCGGUGAACCUGCCCUUUCUGGAUGAGAUUACCUACGUAGGCCUGGGCAUGUCCAUCUGCUCCCUUAUUGUCUUCCUCUUCAUCGAGGCGCUGGUGUGGUCGGCUGUUGUGAAGUCCAACCUCUCACACUUCCGCCACACAGCCCUGGUCAACAUCUCUCUAUGCCUUUUAUUGGCCGACUGCAGUUUCCUGGCCUCCUCCAUCCCCAGCAUCUCUGAUACCUGGUGCCUCAUACUGACCGUGACCAAGCAUUUCUUCUUUCUGGCUAUGUUCUGCUGGAUGCUAUGCCUCAGCGUCAUGCUAAUACACCAGCUCAUCUUCGUCUUCCACCCGCUGAGGAAGAGGGUGUAUCUGCUCUUGUCCACCGUCCUUGGGUACGUCUGUCCCGCAGUGAUCGUGGCAGCUACCUAUGUGUACUACAAAUACACAGGAAACCCCUACCACAACACAACAACCUGCUGGCUCAUUUACGAUGGACUUCUGAAAGGGUCCAUUCACGCAUUUCUUCUGCCCAUCGGGACGAUCGUUUUGAUGAAUCUGUUCUCCAUGUGUGUUGUCAUCAUGACUCUCCUAAAGUCCAGUGUCCCUGAUGGAAGUAAAGCCGACGAGAAAGAGACAGCCAAAAGCAUCCUGAAAGUGGUCGUCUUUUUAACACCAGUCUUUGGGAUGACAUGGGUUUUGGGAUUUUUUGUGCUCAUUGAUAUCAAGGAAAUGAUGGGUGUUGUGAUGCAUUAUGCUUUCACCAUCAUAAACUCCUUACAGGGCUUCUUCAUUUUACUGACUGGAUGUUUUGCAGAGAAGAAGGUGCGAGAUGAAGUGUUGAAAGUCAUCUUGGCUGGGGCACCUACUCCCAAAGAGAAAAGUGAGAAUACGAAAGUCCCCUUCAAAUAAGUGAUGAACAUCAAGAGAACUAGCUAUAUACUGGAUCAAGCUAUAUACUGGAUCAGGACCAACCCACCCAUUUGCUACUACUCUCACCCAGAGGGAAACAUCCACCUGGUUGGUUCCUCAAAGACAGUGAUGGCUGGGGUUUAGGUGGUGUUUAGACAGGUCUUAUCAUGAUUUCAUUAUAUUAUGUCAAGAACAUAUUAAGUUUCAUGUUAAUUACUAAACUCAUACACAUUCAUCAUUUGCUAAACACAUCUUUGUGAUUUCCUGGAAACAUUUGUAUUCCUAUUUUCUACAAACAGUACUGUAGCAUACUUUGACGUCAGAAGAGAUGCCAUAAUAUUACUGCUAAUUUGGUCAAUGACAUUUCGUUAUAUGAUUUAUUAAUUGAGUUGACCUGUACUUGCAUUAUGACUGUAGAUGAAAUGUGUAAAUCAAAGUUAUUGUAAUAAACAAUAAGGCCGGGAUUCAAUCAGAGGGGUGCUGUAGACCAGGCCCGGUCUUGGCUGUUCUGCCACCCUAGGCGAGACAAAAAAAUUGUUGCCCCUGCAAAACUAGAAAAGUCCCAGGAAGAAAAAUGACGUUCAAAACACUUUUACAAUACGUAUUUUCCAGAAGUUGAAAUCAGGUACAUUUUCAGGUCUGAAAGAAAGUUUAAAAUAAGUAAUUUCUAGAUGUCUAUGUUUGGACCAAAUCAAGGCCGGUCCAGACCGGACCAAAUCUGAACCAAACAUAGACGUCUAUUUUUGGGCCAAAUCAAGUCUGGUCCAGACUAGAAAAAUAUGAACCAAACAUUGACGCCCAUGAUUGGUUCAGAUUUGGUCCAUCUACGUGGUGUAAAACAUGUCGGCGUAAGGCCGUGCUUAUUGGGGUGUAGCCUACCAUGUCAGCACACAAUGGAAUCUUAUGAAUGCCCAUCCAUGUGAUAGGCCUACUGUUUGAAAAAACAGGCAGUUGCAUUGCCUUUAUUAGUUCUGAUUCCUAUGACUAAUCAAUUUGGCUAUUUAAGCUCUGAAUAUCAGCUACCCAACUACAUCAGGAGUUAUCCUGAGCCUAUUUGCAAUGAGAAUCAAUUUUUUGCUCGUCAAAAAUGAUUGAUACAAACUUGAAACCACUGGACAGAGUUUGGGAAACACUGUUGUAGAAAAGCACAUUGCCUAGCGACAAGGUGUCUUUUAAAGGCUAUUUCUGCAACAUUUGAGGAGAUUUCAUUCAUUGUAAACACUGCAGAUAUUGUCUCAAGCGGGAAAUUAGCUUCAAAUGCACUUAAAUUGCUGAGCACUUGUAAACAACGCACCUUUGAUUGAAUCCUGGCCAAAUUGUUAUUUAAUUUAACGCUAGAGUAAAAUCUAUGGUGAAAAAUGAUUUAGGCCCUGUCAAUAUUUUAAUCCAUAUUUUUACCCCUCCUCCCAAAACCAAUGUGCCUGUUCAAUGUGUAACCUGAAGUUUUUUUGUGCUUUGUGUUUUAUCUUUUAAAUGUUUGCGUUAUGCUUUUUGAACCAGGUCUCUCUUGCAAAGUACAUUUUUAAUCUCAAUGAGACUAAGGGCUCUAUUAAAUCCAUAUCGCGGAUUCAGAGUUACAGUGUGAUUAGCCGGAGACUGCAUUCACGAUAAAUGUCAGGUAUACUCCCUCUCUGGCCUCUAGGUAACCAGACUGCUGGUUAUUACUUACACCUGUCGACCAUCAUUACGCGCACCAGCGCUUAUUGACACUCACCUGGCCUAUUUAUGUCACUCCCUUUGGUUCCACCCAGGCGCUAUUGUUUCUGUUUCAGUUUCCUGUCUGUGUGCUGUUAGUGUUUCUUGUUUUGUAUUAUGUUCGGUUUAUUUAUUAAAUAUUCACUCCCUGUACUUGCUUCCAGACUUUUAGCGCACAUCGUUAUAGAAUAACGCCUCACCUAAGGGAAGCAUCAAGGAGUGUUUAUUUUUUUGUGUUGGAAGGUGUGUCUGGUCUGGGUGUCAGUACCGGAGCUACCGGGGAUUGUCAGGCUCUCACGUCGGGUUCGUCAGGUUUCCCCGAUCGGUCCGUUUCUGAACCACGGGAUCGACCCCUUGGUCGGUGUCCUGCGGCUGGGGCCGCACGCCAGAGAGAGUGUACUGUCAAGUAUUCUCCCUCUUUAGCCUCUAGGUCACCAGACUGUUGAUUAUUACGCACACCUGUCACCAUCGUCACGUGCACCAGUGCUUAUUGACACUCACCUCCUUGAUUACAUGCCCUAUUUAUGUCACUCCCUUUGGUUCCUUCCCCAGGCGUUAUAUUUUCUGUUUCAAUUUCAUGUCUGUGUGCUGCUAGUGUUUCUUGUUUUGUAUUAUGUUCGGUUUAUUUAUUAAAUAUUCACUCCCUGUA